GCCAUUUUAUAUCAAAUUUCAUUCCCUUGCAUGGAGACCCAUGUUGCUCUCCACUCCUCCCCAUUGGGCUCGUGCAUAACCGACGUCACAAGCUGUGCCCGAUCCACGUUUGCUGCACAAAGUUCGUCCUCUUCAAGUUAAAGGCAGCCUGACAGCCGAGCGGUGCGCAUUUCAGUCCGCAAUGUCGGUGUGGUGGCUGUGGGAGCAGCUGGACGCCCGGAGCGCCCUCAUCUUCGUCGUGGUUCUGUUAUUUGUGUCCGAUUACCUGAAGCACAGAGAUGGCAAAAACUUCCCACCGGGUCCUUUUUGGGUGCCGUUUGUGGGAGACUUGUUUAAAAUGGCUUCAGAUCAUCCGCAUCUCUACAUGGCAAAGCUUACAGAAAAGUUCGGAAAUGUCUACAGCCUGCGAUUUGGAGGAAGUAAAAUCGUGAUUGUCAACGGGUACAAGAUGGCCAAGGAAGCUCUGCUGACACAAGGAUAUGCCUUGACUGGCCGGCCACAACCUGCUGCUUAUGACAGGAUCUACAAAAUACCCGGCCUGACGCUAAGUAACGGGUACACCUGGAAAGAGCACAAGAGGUUCACUUUGACCACGCUGAGAAACUUUGGAGUUGGAAAGAAGAGCUUAGAGUCCAUCAUCAUGGAGGAGGCAAAGUUCUUUGUAGAAGCCUUUGAGGAAGAGAGAGGCCAGCCAUUUAAUCCUCAUUAUACGAUUAAUAACGCUAUCUCCAACAUCAUCUGCUUGAUAGUCCUUGGUCAUCGAUUUGAGUACAGCGACAGCCACUACCGAGAGAUCCAACAUCUGAUCAACAGAGGCAUUGUUUUGGAAGGAAGUUGGUGGACUUGGGUUUACAAUGCGUAUCCCAGGAUUAUGAGGUACUUACCAGGGCGUCACAACGAGCUUUUCUCAGUUUAUGGCAAAGUUCUGGUCUUUCUGAGAGAAGAAAUCAGAAACCAUAAGGAGGACUUGGACCCAACAUCCCCUCGCGAUUACAUUGACACCUACCUCUUGGAAAUCGAGAAGCGCAAAGACGACCCUGCAGCUGCAUUCAACGACGACGCUCUGUGCUCCAACACCUUAGACCUUUUUGUGGCUGGAAGCGAAACGACUGCCACCACCCUGCGCUGGGCUCUGCUCUUCAUGGUUCUAAACCCACAAAUACAGGAGAAGGUCCAAGCUGAGAUUGACAGUGUAUUGGGCCAAACUCAUCUGCCGUCGAUGGAGGACAAAAUCAACAUGCCAUACACCGAGGCAGUAGUUCAUGAGAUCCAGAGGAUGGGCGACAUUGUCCCUCUGAACCUUUUUAAAAUGACAGUGGAGGACAUGACAAUUGGAGGAUAUGCAAUUCCAAAGGAUACGGCCGUGCUCAUUAAUCUGAACUCGAUCCUCAAAGACAAGAGCGAGUGGGAGACCCCCAACACUUUCAAUCCUGCCCACUUUCUCACCCCUGAUGGGAAGUUCCGACGAAGGGAGGCCUUUAUGCCUUUCUCUGCUGGAAAGCGAUCCUGUCUGGGAGAACCACUGGCAAGAAUUGAGCUCUUUCUCUUUUUUACAUGUCUCCUGCAAAAGUUCACCUUUUGUGCCCCUGAAGGGACAAACCUGACAUUGGAUUCUAUAAGUGGUUUUACACGUGCGCCUGUGCCAUACAAAAUCUGUGCCAUCCCUCGUCAUCAAAUUGCUUGAGAUUGGCUUUCCUGCGUUACUGUUUAGACAUCAAAAUACUUUUACGAGAAUCUAGUUUUCUUCCUUUUUACAUAUUCAUUAUCUUAAUUCUGAAUCUAUACGAGUGGCAAACUGUUACAUUCCUUCAAUUUACAAGAAUGUGCAGUCAGAGAAAUCAGAUUUGAAUUUCUUUCCAAUUGCUUGGUCAGCUUAGAAAAGCUUUCUCUCU